AGUUGGUUUUCACCUGUCUCGACUUAAGUUUAAACGAAAGUUGGCUUUUAGCAGUGGAAGGCUGCAAAAUUAAAUUUAUUGAUUGACACUCAAGCGGAUUGAUCUAAAAUUCAAAUUUUGUGCCACAAAGAAGUGAAUUACGAUUACUGAAGUUGGCAGAAAAAAAAUAUAUCAAAUCAGCAAUUAAAACUUAAUUACUAUUAUCAACCAUGUUAGUUGGGUGGAGAAAAACCGUGUCAAAAUGUUUUAUCAUCCCGCAAAGAGUCGUUUUAUCAAUCAUGGGCUUUUUAGCCAUUGUGAAUGCCUACACCAUGAGAAUUUGCCUUAAUGUUGCUAUCACAGAAAUGGUUGUGAAAUAUCCACGUAAUGAUACCGGCGACAAUGAAUAUUGCGUAGCAGAAGGUGGAGAAACAGAAGAAAGUGUAGGCGGUGGGUCAUUUCAAUGGUCAGAAAGCCAACAAGGUCUUAUUUUGGGUGCUUUCUACUGGGGAUAUGUGAUUACUCACAUUCCUGGAGGGAUUUUAGCUGAAAAGUUUGGAGGAAAGUGGGUGCUUGGUCUCGGUAUUCUUUCAACAGCAAUUUUUACAGUUAUCACGCCUUGGGUUAUCAACAUAGGUGGAGCCACUGGACUUUUCAUUUUGAGAGUCUUUGAAGGUUUAGGUGAAGGCACAACAUUCCCAGCACUGUCAGUGUUACUGUCAUCUUGGAUUCCACUCAAGGAACGUUCAAAGCUUGGAUCUUUUGUGUUUGGUGGUGGACAAGUGGGAACGAUAGUGGGAACAAUUCUUUCUGGACUUUUGAUAGAUUAUUUCGAUACCUGGGAGUCUGUCUUUUACUUCUUCGGUUUCUUAGGCGCACUUUGGUUCCUUUUCUUCCUUUUUCUCUGCUACAAUGAUCCAAAUUCUCAUCCAUUCAUCAAAGAUUCAGAAAAGGAAUAUUUACAACGUGAAAUGGGAGUUUUGGAAAGAGACAAAACUUUGCCGCCGACACCAUGGAAAGCAAUUUUCACAAGUAUCCCAAUGAUGGCUUUGGUUUGUGCUCAAAUUGGUCACGAUUUCGGAUUCUACAUAAUGGCAACAGAUUUACCAAAGUAUAUGAGCGACGUUUUGAGAUUCUCAAUCAAAGAAAAUGGAUUUUAUUCAUCACUUCCAUAUGCAAGUAUGUGGGUGGCUUCAAUUGCAAUGGGCUUCUGGAGUGAUUGGAUGAUUGUCAGAAAUAUCAUCUCAAUUACAAAUGCAAGAAAAUUUUUCACGACAGUCGCUUCUGUUGGACCUGCCGUAUUCAUUGUUGCAGCAUCUUACGCUGGAUGUAAUAGAAUAACUGUUGUGAUAUUAUUCACAAUUGCUAUGGGUACCAUGGGAGGUUUUUAUCCAGGCAUGAAAGUAAAUCCCUUGGAUUUGUCACCAAAUUAUUCUGGAUCGAUUAUGGCUACGACAAAUGGCAUUGGAGCUUUGACUGGAAUUCUUGGACCAUAUCUGGUAGGACUACUAACUGGAGGUCAAACUCUUACUGAAUGGCGUCUUGUAUUUUGGAUUGCAUUUAUUGUUUUCAAUGUGACAGCUGUUGUUUAUUGCAUUUGGGCUUCUGCUGAAAUACAGCCAUGGAAUGAUGGAAUACCACUUCGAAAAUCAAACGACAGUUCUUCAACUUCUGAUGAUGACUUUGAAAAUCCAAAGGAAAAAAUUGAAGACCUCAAACGACGGGAACAAAAAUUAAAAAUGGUUACAACAACAAAUCCUAUUUUAAAACGUUUUGGGCUUUGUUUGUGCUAUGUACCAGCUCGUCUUAUUCUAACUUUCAUGGGUUUCCUUGCUGUCAUUAAUGCUUACACGAUGCGAAGUAUUUUGAACAUAGCCAUAACAGAAAUGACUUACAAGGAAGGUUAUAAUGCUACGAUUCACGACAAUACUUGUCCAUCACCUGAUGGAGAAACUUACAUUCCACCACGUGAGGGCUUCGAAUGGAGUGAACAACUUCAAGGAAUCAUUCUUGGUGCUUUCUACUGGGGAUAUGCUUUAAAUCAUGUUCCUGGCGGUGUCUUAUCCGCGAAAUAUGGUGGGAAAUAUACUCUGAGUCUGGGAAUUUUAUCCACAGCAAUUUUCACUUUAAUCACGCCGUGGGUUGUUGGUUGGGGUGGCGCAACUGGAUUGAUUGUAUUGAGAGUCUUGGAAGGUUUCGGUGAAGGAACGACCUUCCCAGCACUUAAUACGCUUUUAGCUGCUUGGAUUCCAAUUAAAGAACGAUCCAAAGCCAGUGCUUUAGUUUAUGGUGGCGCACAAAUUGGAAAUAUUGCCGCAAACUCGAUUUCAGGAGUGCUUCUUGAUUAUUUUGAUGGUUGGUCAUCUCCGUUCUACUUCUUUGGAAUUUGUGGGGUUGUUUGGUUUAUUUGUUUUGAAUUCCUUUGCUACAGCGAUCCAAAGUCACAUCCUUUUAUCACCAAUAAAGAAAAAAAUUACUUACUACGUGAAAUGAAACAAUUAGAAAGAGAUAAAAGAUUGAACAAGACACCAUGGAAGGCUAUUUUGACAAGUGUGCCAAUGAUAGCAUUAGUCAUCACACAAAUUGGACAUGGAUUUGGAUAUUUCACAGUCGUCACUGAUCUACCUAAAUACAUGUCAGAUGUUCUUAAAUUCAAUGUUAAGCAGAAUGGUUUCUACUCGUCCCUUCCAUACGUUGCAAUGUGGAUUUCAACAAUGAUAUUUGGUGUCAUUAGUGACUGGUGCAUUGCCAAAGAGUACAUUGGAAUAACAAACUCAAGGAAGCUUUACACGACGCUGUCAUUUACAGUUCCUGGAAUAUUUUUAGUCUUUGCUUCAUUUGUUGGCUGCGAUAGAAUUUUGGCUGUAACUUUGUUCACUGUUGCAAUGGGUUUCAUGGGAGCUUAUUACUCAGGCAUGAAGGUCAAUGCUUUGGACCUUUCACCUAAUUAUGCAGGAACUCUCAUGGGAAUUACAAAUGGAAUUUCGGCUUUGACUGGAAUAGCUGCGCCUUAUGUGGUUGGAGUGUUGACACCCGAUCGAACAUUAUCUCAAUGGCGAUUAGUCUUCUUCAUUUCAUGUGCUUUCUUGAUAUUCACCAACAUCAUUUACAUCAUCUUUGCUUCGGCUAAAGUUCAACCUUGGAACACUCCAGAAGGUUACGAGCCAGAUAAUAAAACUAUUGAAAAUACAAAGCAAUCCAGGAUAUUAAAAAUGUCUGACUUCUAUCUACCUCAAAGAAUUCUGCUCGCUUUCAUGGCAUUCCUUGGAUUCGUGUGUGAAUAUAUGAUGAGAAAUCUACUCAGCAUCGCAAUCACACAAAUUGCUGUGAAAACUUACACAAACGAAUCGAUAAUUUCUGGUGACGUUUGUCCGAUUACCAAUGAAACAUUUGCUGUCGAUGGCAAUGAUGAUAAUGAAAGCUUACAAGGCACUUAUGAAUGGAGUGAAGCAUUACAAGGAGUUAUCUUGUCAUCAUUUUAUUGGGGAUACAUCAUCACUCACAUACCGGGUGGGAUGUUGGUAGAAAGAUUUGGCGGGAAAAUUACUCUACUUGCUGGAAUUAUAUCAACAAGCAUUCUCACAUGCUUAACUCCAUUCGCCAUUACAUUUGGUGGUUCAAAUCUUUUAAUCAUCAAUCGGGUUGUUAUGGGACUUUGUCAAGGUUUUAUUUAUGCUUCAGUGUUUGGUCUUCUUGCUUCUUGGAUUCCUUUAAGGGAACGAACAACUCUUGGAGUUUUUGUGUUGAGUGGAAUUCAAUUCGGGUCAAUUUUAUCGACAUACCUUUCGGGGAUUUUACUUCAGAAUUUAAAUGGUUGGGCUUGGCCAUUCUACAUUUAUAGCAUAAUUGGCAUCAUUUGGUGUGCUGCAUUCAUGCUGAUAUGCUCAAAAGACCCUGAAUCGAAUCGAUUUAUCUCAAUAAAGGAAAAGAAUUAUUUAAGGAAGGAAAUCGGUGUUCUUGAGAGAGAUUCAAAUCUUCCAUCAACACCGUUUAAGAAAAUUUUAACAUCGAUUCCUGUGUGGGCGAUUAUCAUAAGUCAAACGGGAAUUGACUUUUCAUUUUAUGUUAUGACAACAGAUUUGCCGAAAUACCUUUCGGAUGUUAUGAGAUUUGAUGUGGAGAAGAAUGGCUUUUUUAGUUCAUUGCCUCAAGUUCUGAACUUUUUCAGUGCUAUGGGAUUUGGACUCUUGAGUGAUUUUUGCAUAAACAAAGAAUAUUUAAGUGUCAAGAAUACAAGGAAAAUUUUUACAACAACUGGGAUCGUCGGUCUUGCCGUUUGUUUCAUUAUGGCUUCUUAUUCUGGCUGUGAUCAUUUGACUGCAAUUCUUUUCUUCUCAUUCGCUUCUGGCUUUGCUGGCUUAGACAAUAGUCGAGUUAACAACAUGGACUUAAGUCCCAAUUACGCACCAACAAUCAUUUCGAUUGUAAACAGUUGUGGUUCAGUCAUGGGAAUCAUAGCGCCAUUAGCUGUUGGUUUACUGACAAAAAAUAGUACAAUUUAUGAGUGGAGAAUCGUCUUUUGGAUGGUUUUUGGAAUACUAAUCGCGACGGGUCUUUUCUAUCUGAUCUUUGCUGAUGGAAAAAUCCAAAAAUGGAACGAUCCAAAUAUUCAGAAGAAUCAUUCAAACGGGUAUGGAAUUGCCGGUGAAGUAAACUCAACUGACAACAAAGAAAACAAUUUAACAAACAUUUAAUGAACAAUAAAAAACUUUUGUGAAUAAAAUGUUUAAUUACGUACACAUAUUAAUAAAAACUUAUUUCAUCAUGUUUUGUUUUGUCACAAAGCAAUAAAAGAAAAAUUUAAAUUUGUCUGUAGUUAAACAACUAUAAAUGUAAAUACCCAAAACACAUC